AUGAGAGUGGCUUGGCUGUCUUCUCGCCAAUUCCUGCGCCGUUUCGUCGCAUCUGUUGUUCUGUCCGCCUUCGCUAUUUGGUACCUGCUUCUACCAGACCCAAAACAUAGAGUGCAGACACAGCCCGAAGUCUUGGAGCGGCAAUACCCCUUGCUUUGGCGACACGUGCAUUCGUUCAAUGGUACUGGAGGAGCAUGGUAUAUUCCACCCUCCUGGUUGUCAUCUGCCAGUGUUCAGCCGGAGACGAUAGUUGAUGCGGCUCUUCUGGCCGCGCAAGCUGCCAACACCAACAAGCACCGGUUCAUCAACCAGUCUUCCAUUCCCUUACUUCUGCACCAAACAUGGAAGAAUCGGCGUGUUGACACUUGGUCGGAUCUGCUUCGCGCCAGUGUGGAGAAAUGGUUAUCUUGUGUAGUGGCUGACGACAUGGCUUACUUCUUCUGGGAGGAUGAAGGCAUUGUGCGAAUGUUGGCGGAAUUUGAGCCUGACUUUGUCCAUCGCUUUGUGUCCUUGCCCUCGAACGUGGAGCGGGCUGAUGUCUUCCGCGUUCUGGUUUUGAAAUGGUUUGGCGGAAUUUACGCAGACGUGGACACGCGACCCCUUCGUCGGCCUGUCUCUUGGGUUUCUGCUUCCGACCUUGCUCCCUGGACCGACGCCGUAACGGGACUGAAGUAUUCCUACGACAACACAGUAAGCACCAUUCUCGGCAUUGAGGCUGACUGUGUGCCUUACAAGAGUGACUAUUGGCGCAUGGGGUAUUCGUACCCGGUCCAACUCACACAGUGGGCGUUGGCUUCCAGUCCUGGCCACCCUAUUCUUUUACGUUUCAUGGACACUCUUCAACGGAGGCUAGCGGAUGUUGCAAGGCGCGACAGGGGAGAUAUCACCGCUCCCCAAGCCGUAAGGGAGCUACAACGGAUUGGACCGCUGUCUUUGACAGGACCAGUUUCCGUGACCGUCGCAGCAAAGACUUGGUUAGAGGAACGGAUUGGACUGCGGUGGAACGCUCUCACUGGAUUAGCAGACGGCGGCCAAAGCAAGCUGGUCGACGACGUUUUGAUCUUGCCAAUUACCGGGUUUAGCCCCGGUCGAGGCAAAUACGGCAAUAUGGGCUCGAAGCCAGUCACGGACUCGUCGGCGCGAGUAUGGCACCAGGCGCAGGGAUCAUGGCGCUCUUUCGACCCCAAGGUCGAAUUUGGGAAAGCAUGUCGGACCUUGCUCGGGUUGUGCAAGGACUGGUCGAAGCAGCCAGACUGA